AUAGAAGGGGUAUAAUCCGUAAUUUUGAAAGCGCCAAUCUGCAUCAGCGACCAAACCUGGAAGGAAAGAAACUGCUAGUGCAUCAGCCUCCGGCUAAGACACACAAACAAGAGAGCUUUGGUUUGAGUUGACAAUCAUUCCUCUCUCUUCCUCUUCUUGGGGCUUGAAUAGAGACGAUGAAUUUGGUUACUUACAGUUGCGGCAAUUACACUAUUUGCUCCUCUUCUUGCAUAGCUUCAACCUCCACCUCCAUGCAUGCCAAGCUCACUGGCAGCCAUGAAUCUAUUAGAAACGCUAAUUAAACCGAAUCAUUCUAUCCAAAAAGGCCGUAAAUACAAAUUGUUCGCCGGAGAUGUAGAUGUUCGCCCAAACGUGGUGGCGUCGCUCCAAACUCACCGGGGCGCCACCAACUCUCGUGUUUCCACUAUUACCGCAAGUGGCAUUGCAGCAGCAAAUUUGAUUGUGGGACACACUGCAAAAGCUUUGAGUAUGGAGAAUAUAAUGGAAGGAACUGCUUCUGUGUAUACUUUGGCAGAUGGAACCAUUGGUGAUUUGUUUGGGAGCUUCCUAUAUUCAGCUGGACAACAGGCUAAUGAAGCUGUUCAGGACCAGUUAUCGGCUCUCAGUUUUACUAGCUUGGCUGUUAUAUUUGGUGCAGGGCUUGUUACUAGCCUUUCUCCCUGUACACUGAGUGUUCUGCCACUGACUCUUGGUUAUAUUGGAGCUUUUGGCUCAGGGAAAAGCCGAUUGGAAAUAAUUGGGGACUCAGCUGCAUUUUCAUUGGGAUUGGCAACUACAUUGGCAAUGCUUGGCGUAGCAGCCUCAUUUGCUGGGAAGGCAUAUGGACAGAUAGGGCAGGGACUACCUGUGGCUGCCUCUGGUUUGGCCAUUAUCAUGGGUCUAAACCUCCUAGAGAUAAUUGAGUUCCAGCUUCCAUCAUUUUUCAACAACAUUGAUCCUCGUGCUGCUGCUGCUAAUUUUCCUUCCAGUGUGCAAGCAUAUUUGGCUGGGCUUACAUUUGCAUUGGCUGCUUCACCUUGCAGUACUCCUGUGCUGGCAACCCUGCUUGGAUACGUAGCUGCAUCUAAGGAUCCAGUAAUAGGGGGCAGCUUGUUAUUGACAUACACAACUGGCUACGUUGCUCCUCUACUCCUUGCUGCUUCCUUUGCUGGAGCAUUGCAGAGCCUGCUUUCUUUUCGCAAGUUCUCCACGUGGAUCAACCCAACAAGGAAUUUGAUGCUCUGCAGUGGCGCUCUGCUUUUAGGUGGGGGUAUUUAUACUCUGCUGGACAGGCUUUUCCCAGCGACUAUGGCUAUGUAGAUUUCUACAUUUAUGAUGUCAGCAUAUUUCAUAAAGGCAUCGCCUUGGCAUCCACCUUACUCUUGUAUCGCGCUUUCAUUGCUACUUGAAAUGUGGAAAGAGUGGGUUGCAUCAGCUUGGCUUCCAAAAUCUCACUCUGUUAUCGCGCUUCUAUUGCUACUUAGACAUGUGGAAAGAGUGGAUAUGCACGGAGGUUGUAGUAUUGAUGUUUCUGAUAUUAUGGUGGUUGCUACAUAAAGGUGUCAUGUACAGAUAUUGCUAGAUAAGUCAUUUUUUUUUUUAAAACUCGGUAAACCUUUGAAAGUGCACUGGAUGAAGAAGUUGGAACUUUUUGUUUUUAAAUUUGCCAGACCUUAAUCUUCAAUCCAUAUGCAUAUCAUUCUGAGAGAGAUGACAUGACCGACUGGA